GAAUGGGAGGACGAAGGGGAGGGGAAAGCAGAGGGGAGGGGAGGGUAAAUAGUGGGCCAGGCAGGAAGAUGGCGGCGGUAGUGGAGGUGUGAGUGGACCCGGGUCUCUGCGGCUGGAUUUUCUCUUCCCUUUUCUCUCUCCCUUUUCCUUACCUGUUUGAGAUUGGCAUCAAGGGGGCUGAGUUCGGGUGGCGGCGCUGGGCGCAACGCAGGGGUCACGGCGACGGCGGCGGCGGCUGACGGCUGGAAGGGCAGGCUUCCUUCGCCGCUCCUUCUCCUUCCCCGGUCUGCUCGGUGUCAGGCGCGGCGGCGGCGCGGCGGGCGGACCUCGUCCCUGCUCCUGCUCCCCCCCGCACCGGAGCGGGCACUCUUCGCGUCGCCAUCCCUCGACCCUUCACCCCGGGGACUGGGCGCCUCCUCCGGCGCAGCUCAGGGAGCGGGGGCCGGUCUCCUGCUCGGCUGUCGCGCCUCCAUGUCGGAUAACCAGAGCUGGAACUCGUCAGGCUCGGAGGAGGAUCCGGAGACGGAGUCCGGGCCGCCUGUGGAGCGCUGCGGGGUCCUCAGUAAGUGGACAAACUACAUUCAUGGGUGGCAGGAUCGUUGGGUAGUUUUGAAAAAUGAUGCUUUGAGUUACUACAAAUCUGAAGACGAGACAGAGUAUGGCUGCAGGGGAUCCAUCUGUCUUAGCAAGGCUGUCAUCACACCCCAUGAUUUUGAUGAAUGUCGAUUUGAUAUUAGUGUAAAUGAUAGUGUUUGGUAUCUUCGUGCUCAGGAUCCAGAUCAUCGACAGCAGUGGAUAGAUGCCAUCGAGCAGCACAAGACUGAAUCUGGAUAUGGAUCUGAAUCCAGCUUGCGGCGACAUGGCUCAAUGGUAUCACUGGUGUCUGGAGCAAGUGGCUAUUCUGCAACAUCCACCUCUUCAUUCAAGAAAGGCCACAGUUUACGUGAGAAAUUGGCUGAAAUGGAAACUUUUAGAGACAUCCUAUGUAGACAAGUUGAUACUCUACAAAAGUUCUUUGAUGCCUGUGCUGAUGCUGUCUCCAAGGAUGAACUUCAAAGGGAUAAAGUCGUAGAAGAUGAUGAAGAUGACUUUCCUACAACACGUUCUGAUGGAGACUUUUUGCAUAAUACCAAUGGAAAUAAAGAAAAGUUAUUUCCACAUGUAACACCAAAAGGAAUUAAUGGUAUAGACUUUAAAGGGGAAGCGAUAACUUUCAAAGCAACGACUGCUGGAAUCCUUGCAACACUUUCUCAUUGUAUUGAACUAAUGGUUAAACGUGAGGACAGCUGGCAGAAGAGACUGGAUAAGGAAAGCGAGAAGAGAAGAAGAGCAGAAGAAGACUGCCAAAAUGCAAUGAUAGAACUUAAGAAAAAAUCCCACUUUGGAGGACCAGAUUAUGAAGAAGGCCCUAACAGUCUGAUUAAUGAAGAAGAGUUCUUUGAUGCUGUUGAAGCCGCUCUUGACAGACAAGAUAAAAUAGAAGAACAGUCACAGAAUGAAAAAGUCAGAUUACACUGGACUACAUCUUUGCCAUCUGGAGAUGCCUUUUCUUCUGUGGGGACACAUAGAUUUGUCCAAAAGCCCUAUAGUCGCUCUUCCUCCAUGUCUUCCAUUGAUCUAGUCAGUGCCUCUGACGAUGUUCACAGAUUCAGCUCCCAGGUUGAAGAGAUGGUGCAGAACCACAUGACUUACUCAUUACAGGAUGUAGGUGGAGAUGCCAAUUGGCAGUUGGUUGUAGAAGAAGGAGAAAUGAAGGUAUAUAGAAGAGAAGUAGAAGAAAAUGGGAUUGUUCUGGAUCCUUUAAAAGCUACCCAUGCAGUUAAAGGUGUUACAGGACAUGAGGUCUGCAAUUACUUCUGGAAUGUUGAUGUUCGCAAUGACUGGGAAACAACUAUUGAAAAUUUUCAUGUGGUGGAAACAUUAGCUGAUAAUGCAAUCAUCAUUUAUCAAACGCACAAGAGAGUGUGGCCUGCUUCUCAGCGAGAUGUAUUAUAUCUUUCUGCUAUUCGAAAGAUACCAGCCUUGACUGAAAAUGACCCUGAAACUUGGAUAGUUUGUAAUUUUUCUGUGGAUCAUGACAGUGCUCCUCUAAACAAUCGAUGUGUCCGUGCCAAAAUAAAUGUUGCUAUGAUAUGUCAAACCUUGGUAAGCCCACCAGAGGGAAACCAAGAGAUUAGCAGGGACAACAUUCUAUGCAAGAUUACAUACGUAGCUAAUGUGAACCCUGGAGGAUGGGCACCAGCUUCAGUGUUAAGGGCAGUGGCAAAGCGAGAGUAUCCUAAAUUUCUAAAACGUUUUACUUCUUACGUCCAAGAAAAAACUGCAGGAAAACCUAUUUUGUUCUAGUAUUAACAGUGACUGAAGCAAGGCUGUGUGACAUUCCAUGUUGGAGAAAAAAAAUUGAAUGCUCUAAGCUGGAACAUAGGAUCUAUAGCCUUGUCUGUGGCCCAAGACCUUGGCCUUGUGUACAAAAAUGAAGAAAUAUUGCAACAGCAAAGCUGAACAUCUAACACUAGCUGUCUCCUGCUAGAUCUCCUCGCUCAGUGUAUAAUAUAAAUACAUGUAAAAUUACAUGUAUAUGGCUAUAUUUUUAUUUGCUUGCUCCUCGAAGAGAAAAAAACAUCAACUUUGAAUCACAACUAGGAAUUGAUGAUUUAAUUUUUAGAAACUUUUUCAAAAUUUUUAAUUUACUCUGGUCCGGCCUGAGAGCCUCAGUUAUGUCAGGUUUUGUGCACAAAAGAAAAGCACAAAAGUUGGACGCACAUGGGGCACGUGCUUUCUGUGCACCAAAAAUCUGGAUGAGGUUCUUUUUUCAGGCCUACAGUCAAAUAUGUGUCCAGAAUUUUUUGACGUUUUUGCUUUGUAUAAUCAUAAAAUUCAUUGCUGCUGAUUUCUAUAAUGAUUCAUGUUGUCAUAUAAGUGUCUCUUAAUAACUGAGGGCUGUCAAUAACCUGUGAUUUUGCCUUUUCUAUAGUCUUACUCCCAUGAAGAACCUUGGUUCUGAUGGAGAAAGAGUAAAAAGCUUUAUUUUUCCCCCCAGAUAUCUUUAUAUUUCUAUUAUAUUUUUUAGUUGUGUACUGUGUGCUACAGAUUUUUUUCAGUUUAUUAGAAACACAAUUUGGUAAUUCCUAAAUUGUUUCUGCCUGCCUCCAAACAGAAACAUCUAUACAAAUCUAGUGGGUAUAGAUUACUUUCUGGUCAGGUGGUUGGGAUAUAAAAUGAGCUCAUGUUUUCCUGAAAUUUCUGAGAGAAUAUACUGUAUUACUUGUUAAAGCAA